AUUUACUAUAAAUGCUAGUAAAUUAAUUUACAUAAUAGAUUAAUAUUAAAAUUAAUUUUAAUUUCAAAAUUAUCUAUCAUUAAAUUGCUUAUAAUAAUAGCAGCAAUGAAAUUAUUAUUAAUUAUAGUAUUGAGUAGUGUAUUAAGUGUUUGCUAUAUGCAAGAUAUCCGGACUAAUGUUACCAAACGAUUUGAUGACAUGUCGAGUGUCUUAUGUGCCGAUAAAUUGCAGAUAAGUGAUGACCAGUUGGCAGAACUCAGGACCCAAUGUGAGUCCAAUAACACCACUGCUAGAGACGAAGUGCUCAAAACAUGUCUCAACACAAAGGAGUUGACGGACCGCCAGAAAGUGACAUCAAUUUGCGGGACACAGAAGACCUGUAUUGUCGACCAUUGGGUUAAAGUCUACGAAAAUGCCAAACCAGAAUAUUUGAACAUAUUUUGCGAUAUGAGUGAAAAGUUUAUCCAUUGCAUUAAAAAAGUGCUCAAGGUAAAUUAAAGUAUGCUUCCCACCGACUGUCCCAACUCGAUGGC